CCUACCCGAUGAGAAGGGGGUCUCAUUAAAACCACUUGGAGAGCUGUGUGGCGGUCCUGAGCCCCGCCCCUAAGUGUCAGGCGGACCCCGUCACAUGUUGGCGGCUAGCCAAUCAUCUAGGGAGGGCGGGGCAAGAAAAAGAGCAAACGGAGGGUGCUCCUGGCCUAGUGGACAAUCCUGUCUGAAUUCAGGUCAUUUCGGGUGGCCUAAUGUCGCAAAACGGAGCUGAUCCUGAGCAGCGCCAGCAGGCGUCGGAGGCGGACGCCAUGGCAGUGACCUUCCGGGCGAGCGAACACCAGCAUAUUCGCUACAAUCCGCUCCAGGACGAGUGGGUGUUAGUGUCGGCCCAUCGCAUGAAGCGGCCCUGGCAAGGACAAGUGGAGCCCCAGCCUCUGGAGACAGUGCCUCGCCAUGACCCACUCAACCCGCUGUGUCCCGGGGCCACACGAGCCAACGGGGAGGUGAAUCCACUCUACGAUGGCACCUUCCUGUUUGACAAUGACUUCCCAGCUCUGCAGCCCAAUGCUCCGGAUCCAGGACCCAGUGACCAUCCUCUUUUCCGUGCAGAGGCCGCCAGAGGAGUUUGUAAAGUCAUGUGCUUCCACCCCUGGUCGGAUGUGACGCUGCCACUCAUGUCUGUCCCUGAGAUCCGAGCUGUCGUCGAUGCCUGGGCCUCAGUCACAGAGGAGCUGGGUGCCCAGUACCCUUGGGUGCAGAUCUUUGAAAACAAAGGAGCCAUGAUGGGCUGUUCUAACCCCCACCCCCACUGCCAGGUCUGGGCCAGCAGCUUCCUGCCAGAUGUUGCCCAGCUUGAAGAGCGAUCUCAGCAGAGCUUUCACACCCAGCAUGGAAAGCCUCUGUUGUUGGAAUAUGGCCACCAAGAGCUCCUCAGGAAGGAACGCUUGGUCCUAUCCAGUGAGCAUUGGCUCGUCCUGGUCCCCUUCUGGGCAGUGUGGCCUUUCCAGACUCUACUGCUGCCCCGGCGGCAUGUGCAGCGGCUGCCUGAGCUGACCCCUGCUGAACGUGAUGAUCUAGCUUCCAUCAUGAAGACGCUCUUGACCAAAUAUGACAACCUAUUUGAGACGUCUUUUCCUUACUCCAUGGGCUGGCAUGGGGCUCCCACGGGAUUAAAGACGGGAGCCACCUAUGAGCACUGGCAGCUGCAUGCGCAUUACUACCCCCCACUGCUACGUUCUGCUACUGUGCGCAAGUUCAUGGUCGGCUAUGAAAUGCUUGCCCAGGCUCAGCGGGACCUAACUCCUGAACAGGCUGCAGAAAGAUUAAGGGCGCUCCCUGAGGUACAUUAUCGCCUGGCAAAGAAAGACAAGGAAACAGCAACCACGGCUUGACUUGUGAUGACAGCAGAGCCUUUAAUCUUUCUGCCCGAGAGAACUGGGACCUGGAGUUUGGGCAGCUGUGACAUCAAUAAAACUACAUCUCAGAUUUCAGCCAUGUUUUCUGACACCAGAGGAGUGUGAACUCUUACAUACUGGAGGCUAGGGGCAAGGCUAAGUGUGACUCCAAACACACUCUUUCCUGCCUACAGGUGUUGACAAUGUAGGCCAGAAAGAUUUGAUGCAAGAAUUCCCUCCCAAGCCAGAGGGAUGGUGCACACCUGUAAUUCCACCACCUUAGAGACUGAAGUAGGACUGUGAGUUUGAAGCCAGCGUGGGUUGCCUAGCAACACCUAAUCUCUGAAACCAAAGCCAAGCUGGGCCUAGUGGUGCAGGGCUGCAAUCCCAGCUACCCAGGAGGCUGAGGCAGGAGGACUGCAAAUUCAAGGCAAGCCUGGGUAGCUUAGAGAGACUGUCUUGAGAAAUAGCUUAGUGAUAGGGUAUUUCUCUGGUAUAUGUGAGGCUCUGUGUUCAAUGCUUAGUUUUUUUGGGGGGAAAAUAUUGUACCUCCGAUCUCUGAAGAAUAUUCACUAUUGUAUCUGA